AUGGAAAAAGUGAUGCCAUCAUCACCAUUACCAUCAUCACCGUCACCUAGGGACGUAUUAGGAAAGAGACGAAGUAUUGAUAUUAUUGUUAUCAUUCUUCAAAUAUUCUUGACUAACUAUCAAGCAUGGAAGAGCUUAUCACCAGAUGGGAAAUCAUUUUUUCGGAUUUUAGCCGAUAAGCACCUUCAAAAUCAG